ACAUGGCUUAGAUCGAGCAUGCGCCUGUCGGACUUCCUGUCAUCGGCCAUUUUUGUUUAGUUCGUGUGCUGAAAUAAUCCAGGGCCGAGAGGAAUCCUAAAAUAAUAAAUAACCAAGAAGAGAAAGAUGUCUGGAAGGGCAAGAGGGAGAUCAAGAGGUCGCUCUCGGGGGAGUGGAACUCCCCAGGAGGAGCCUUUAAGGCGCCCUGGGGAGGAACAGCAAAGAGCUCAGCAACCAUCAGCAGCUGCUGCAGCCCCCACCCCUGUUGGGGCCACCAGUGUAGCAGGUAGUGGAAGGGCCAGCUACCGCGGAGGCGUUGCAGCACCAAGACCAGGGGCAGGAGAUGCCCCAAGGGCCCCAGUUGAGGAAAUGGCCCAACUUCGCGUUGGAACUGGAGAUGCUAGACAAGUUGGCAAGAAGAGGGCAGACUUCCGUUACACCGAUGUAACAACACGACCAGCACAUAUAACAGACAAGAGGGGAAAUUCUGGAACCCCGCUCCCUCUUGCUACAAAUUUUUUCACAUUUGAUUGUGAUGAGGACUGGUCUCUCUACCAGUAUCAUGUGGAUUUCAAUCCGAUGAUUGAUAGUCGCAAGAUGAAGGCAGGAUUGCUGUUCACACAUGCUGAGCUGCUAGGGGCAACAAGAGUCUUUGAUGGCAUGAUCCUAUAUCUGCCUCGUAAGCUUCCGCAAGAGGUAACAGAGGUUUUCAGUCAGACAAGACGUGACAAUGAAAACAUUCGCAUUACCAUCAAGUUGACCAACACCUUUCAUAGCACAAGUCCACAGUGCCUUCAUCUGUACAACGUAAUAUUCAAGAGAAUCCUCAACUUGAUUGAAAUGCAGCAAAUUGGCAGGAAUUACUACAAUAUGGACCUCGCCGUUGACAUAACGCAACACAAACUGAGAGUGGUACCAGGGUUCAUCACCUCAAUUUUACAGUAUGAAAAUAAGGCUAUGUUGUGCGCAGAUAUCUCCCACAAAAUCAUGCGUAUUGACACUGUACUAGACAUGAUGUAUGCCCUCUACAAUUCAACCGACAGAAGCGGCGACUCGUUCUACGAGAAGUGUACAAAAAAAUUUGUGGGCAGCAUUGUUCUUACCAGAUACAAUAACAAAACCUACCGAGUAGAUGAUAUUGACUGGGAUAUCCACCCAACCAGCUCCUUCACCAGACGCGAAGGAGAAAUUACGUUCAAGGAAUAUUACAAGAAGGCAUAUGACAAAGACAUAGAGGACGACCUGCAGCCCAUGUUAGUGAGCAGAGCCAAGCCAAAGGAAGUGAAGAUGGGACGACCAGAGACACUUCUACUGGUUCCGGAGCUUUGUAUACUCACGGGUCUCUCUGAUGAUGUCAGGAGUGACUUUUCUGUCAUGAGAGAUGUUGCCUCCCACACAAGGAUUGCUCCAGAGGGCAGAGUCAAUACGCUGUCGGGCUUCAUGAACCAAAUCAACUCAACACCUAAGGUUGUUGAAGAACUGAGAGGAUGGAGGCUCAGGUUUUCACAGAACCUGCUACAGCUAGGUGGACGUGUCCUACCAAAGGAGCAAAUCUUCCUGGCCUCUAAUGCACAGUGUAACUACAAGCAGGAGGAUGCUGAUUGGAGCAGGGAUCUUCGUGGGAAACAACUGGUUACUAGUGUGCCCCUUCAAAAUUGGGUCAUCUGUUUCACAAGGCGUGAUUCAGGUAACGCCUCUGAUCUAGUGAACACGCUCUGCAAAGUGGGACCUCCGAUGGGCAUGUCGAUCGGUAAUCCAACACUAUGCGAGUUGAAUGAUGACCGCUCUUCAACCUUCCUCGACAAUAUGAAGAAGUUUGUGAAUCAAAAUACACAGCUAGUCAUGUGCAUCCUGCCAACCAACAGGAAAGAUCGGUAUGAUGCUAUCAAAAAAGCCUGCUGUGUCGACCAUCCAGUUGCUAGCCAGUGUGUGGUGGCCCGUACGCUGUCCAAGAAACAGAUGUUGAUGUCUGUUGCAACAAAGAUUGCCAUCCAGCUCAACUGCAAACUUGGAGGAGAGGUUUGGCGUCUUGACAUCCCACUGAAGAAUUUGAUGGUGAUAGGUAUUGACACGUAUCACGACUCGGCCAGUAAGGGGAGAUCAGUUGGAGGUGUUGUGUGCAGUAUCAAUAGAAAUAUUACAAGGUUCUACUCGAGAUGUACUUUCCAACACACAGCUCAGGAGCUCAAUGAUGGACUCAAGGUCUGUGUCAAAGAUGCAUUGAAGAAGUACCAUGAGGUGAAUAACAUGUUGCCGGAUAAGAUCGUCAUCUUCAGGGACGGUGUUGGGGAUGGACAGCUCCCAGCCGUACACGAACACGAGGUGCCACAAGUUGUGGGUACAAUCAAGGAGUGUGCAGGAGAGGACUACAAUGUGAAAAUCGCAGUGGUUGUUGUCAAGAAGAGGAUCAACAGCCGGUUCUUUGCCAAGACCGGCAGAACUUACACCAACCCUGUACCAGGGACGGUCAUCGACACGGAGGUCACAAAACCAGAGUGGUUUGACUUCUUCCUCGUGUCACAGUCUGUGCGACAAGGAACUGUGACUCCAACCCAUUUCAACGUCAUCUUUGACACAACGGGGCUGAAGCCUGACCACAUGCAGAGGCUCACCUAUAAAAUGACUCACCUGUACUACAAUUGGCCGGGAACAAUCCGUGUACCUGCUCCGUGCCAAUAUGCUCACAAACUUGCCUUCCUGGUGGGCCAGUCCAUUCACAAGGAACCUGCCUUGGAUCUUGCAGAUCGUCUAUACUUCCUGUAAAAACCAACAAAACAUUAACCUCACCAAAUGAGGCAAAAAAUCUCUGAAGAGAGAAGUUAUUUUCUAAGACGAAUUGUUCUUGGAAGAAUGAGCUAAAAGAAAUCGCGUUCCGUCACAUGGGAAUCUUUUGGAAGUAUGAGGCAAAAGAAAAGGAGAUAAUGCACAUGAACUUUAUCCCUUUUAACCUUUUGGACCUAGAAAUACAUUAUUUUAAAACAUGCAAUUCAUCGGGAACUAAAUAAUUUUUUUCUAAGAACAUUGUGAAUUCAGCUGUAUAAAUUGCUACAUAGUGAAAAAACAAUUAUGUAAAGAUAAAUUUUUCAUGUGCACAAACCAAAUAUGUGUCCCUAAUGAAGUUUUGAGCUGAUAAUUGAUUGCAAGUAUUUAAAUGCAAUUCAGUUUUAAGUGUCAUGUAUAUUAUUAGUCCAAGUCCUCAAGAAUCUCCGCUGUGCCACUGCACAGGAAGUAGCCGUGAAAGGGAGCAGACAUUUUUUAAGGAAAUCAAGUGAAGUUGGGAUACACUUCUGAUACUGAUUCACAUUCUGAGAACAUGACACAGAAUAUAAUGUAAUAACUGAAUGUGAGAGACUGGAAAUAAUUGUUUGUCAUCCUUUUAAACUUUUAAAAGGCAUGUUGUGUGAAAUGCUGUUGGAUAUACACCUCGUGUUAUGUAUGACUAAAUAUGAUAAUAUCUUGGUAUGAAUGUGAAAUGAUUAUGUUUUGACAAUCUCUUGUUAAAGAACAUCGUUGCGAACCUAGUAGGUUCAACAUUUGUGAAAAUCUUGCAAAAUGAGAAACAGAUUAAUCAAUAAGGAAAGGAAGCAUCCUUUGAUAAAAAAAAAAAAUGAAAAAUGUGUAAGGUAAUUUUUAAGAAGAGUUCAUAUAAGUGACUAGUUGUAAAGAUAAGGUUGUCAGCAGUGUUAAGAUUUUUACCCAAAUCUUGGAAAGGGUAUGAUAAUUUGUAGUUUACUUAGUAUUCGUACCAGGGCGAGCUAUGUUGUGGUGCUUUGUCCAUCGUCUGUUGUCUACCAAUUUUGGGGCAGAGCCCAGACAAGCUUAUGCUGUGGUGUCAGGAUUUUGUUACACAUGAAAAAGAUUAUUUAAAAGAAGACAAUGACAUUGUGUUUCCUCUCAAAGUACAGGACGUACUUCAACCAAAUUGUAGAUUGUAGUAUGCUUAACCGAUUGGGAUCAAAUGUUAUACAAAUAAAGGAACUGACCCUUCCGGGGCGGGAGUUAAAGUGGUCAAAUUUGCUGGUUUACUUAAAAUCGUAAUGAUCAACUACUUGGACCAAUGGAAAUCCAUGGUUACACAAAUGAAAGACUGAGGGUGGGGAUAAAAGGGGUCAUAUUGGUUGGAUCACUUCCAAACUGCAGGACAGAUUUCAUACUAGUGGUAGCAUCCUUAACCCGUAAGG